AUGAAGCACAAAUAUUAUCAAUUUAUUGCGAUUUUUCUAUUACACUUGAUCCUCGUAGGGUGUCAUAACGGAGCUAACUCUCGUCGAAUAUCACGGACGUUUCCAUCUUCAAUCUUCCAGCUUCUAACGUCAGAGACAGAGAAAAGUUCAGCACGACAUGCCCGGCAAUUGGUCCAUGAUAAUACAUGGGCUACAGUAUCCACAAUCUCCGUACAAUUCAAUGGCGUGCCCUAUGGUAGUACACUAUCUUACAGUGAUGGAAUUGGAUAUUCCAAGGAGAAUUCCACGGGUCAAUUAUUUUUCUACCUGACAUUAAUGGAUCCUUCAGGAAAGGACCUGAGUAUCAAUUCCACGGCAUCCAUAUCCAUGACAAUGGCACAGGAGGGACAAAAUGCAUGCAAGAUGGAUAUUGAAGACCCGACGUGUUGGAAACUUACUUUACUUGGAAAUCUCGUGCCUGUUGUAUCACUCAACGAACGUCACUAUGCUGAAAAAGUGUUAUUUUCCAAACAUCCACAGAUGAAACAAUGGCCAAGAAAUCAUGAGUUUCGUCCAUAUGUUCUUGAGAUUAAACAUAUCAUUCUUCUUGAUUUUUACGGUGGUGCUAAGCACGUUCUGGAUGAAGACGGUUGGUGGGUGGAGUUUUUUGCUAUUCUUGGACAAGAUAUAUCAUCUGGGUGGUUGAGUGACAAGAAUGGCAAUAUGAAUGACACUGAGCAUUUUUCUUGA